AGACAAUUGAGUUCAGGCUCAAACAUUUUGGCGACCGUAGACAGGACACGUGCGGAGAGAGGAACUCUAAAUUUUUAUAGCCACCUCAAGACAACGGCCAUCUUGGCGGAACGGGUUGGGCCUGGAGCAGAAGAAGACGUCGCAAGCCAGAAAAGGGACAUCGCCGCCAGCCGAAUAUCAAGUUCCCGAAGUCUCCUGGGGGACAGCUGCGGCGAACAAAGAAAAACCUGACGAGCGUCGAAGGCGCGGCACCCGGCGGCAGCGUGUGGCGGCUGGCGAGUUUUUAAGGAAAGUGCCGUGAGAAGUGCCCAUACCCACCUAAUUCUGUUUCCCCCAAUUUCUUAAUUAGCCCUAGUCUUUUUUCCAAUUUAAAUUCAUUUUCCAAUUUACAAACCUUAAAUUUAAAUUCAUUCCAACCCAACUUAGCUAACAUCAAUUUAUAUAUCUACCUACUUACUCAACUUUGAACUCGUAAACAACUUAACCUCUAUUUGACCUUUACCCGUACUGACUUGACAACCUUACUUUAAAUUCAAAUUUCACUAGUUCCCCAUCAAUCUAAAAUUAGGAGAGAGCUCGCUGCGUAUUAUUGCCUUCAUUUGUGUUUUAGUUUCAGAACGCAUCUGCAAAUUGUCAGUGUGACGUUAACCUCAAAAGCCACGCUGGCACAUAAACGUUGCUAUAGCAUAGCUUAACGCAUACUGCAUUUCGAGUUUUUUCUGCUUAAAACAGUAAAGUGCAUUGUUCUUUCCAUACUUUUAAUUUAAAAAUUGAGUUUCGUUUAAAGUUUAAUAGAAAUUGCAUAUGCCAUUCUUAUUUUGUGAUAAAAACGUAAGGUGAUAAAUUCAUUUGCAAUCAAAGGCACUGCUUUCUUCUUUAAAAAAGGUGAAUUUAAACUCAACUGUAUCUAUUUCUUUCUAAUUACGCUGACGCAAAGUGGUUCUAUUCUAACAUCGCGCCUGCUUGCAUCUUGGUUUGUGUUCGCUUAUGCACAGUUUCGUUUGCACAAUUUCAGUGGAUUCCGUGGACAACCGUCGCAGUGCGUAUCGCGUGCCACAUCUGUAGUGCCACGCCCAUACCUGCCACCACGUGGCAAGUUGUCCAAGGGACUGCUGCCGCAACACACCUCGGCCUAGCUGUUGAAGUUUAAAAGGCGCAGAAACAAGAUGACCACAAGGGUCGGCCGUGCAUCGUGUGCCAUGGUGAUCACAGAGUGUACGACUGCCCAGCCUUUAAAAAGAUGUCAGUCGACGAGCGCUGGUCGCAGGCGUCACGUCUGAAGCUGUGCCAUGUCUGCCUCCGACCGGAUCAUGAAACCCGUCAGUGCAAGCUGAACGGUUGCCGGGUAUGUAAGAGACGUCACAAUACAUACUUACACACCACACAAACACUCAACACUUCUCCACCUGGAGCCAGCACGGAACAAACAGCCGAACCUGCAAAUAGUGCUAGGUCGGAUGUGGCUUGCUCCUCGACUAUGCUAACCUCUGACAGUGCAGCGGUGCAAAACACCCUCACUGCUAGCACUUUAAUUAGCACUAGCGAGUCAUUGCUCUCAACAGCUCUAAUUGAAGUGAUCAACCCUAUUAACAACAAAAGGGAGACAGUUAAAUGUCUUGUAGACAGUUGUUCACAGUCUAAUUAUCUAUCUCAUAAUUUGAGACAAAAACUAAAUCUUGAUUGUCAGCCUCUAACUGCCUCAAAUGUGACAGGAAUAGGAAAUACGCCUCUGACCUAUCAACCUGUGCUUUGUGCAGCUCAUAUUCAAUCUAAACUCAGUGAUUUUAAUGCCAAAAUUGACUUUCUAGUUUUAGAUCAAGUAACUAGUCGCUUUCCACAAAACUAUGUAGACAUUAGUCACCUUAACUUACCUGCCUCUGUGCAGCUUGCUGACCCAACAUUUAACGUUCCAUCCCAAAUAGAUAUGCUGUUGGGAGUGGAAAUGUUUUGGACUAUUGUGACAGGUGCUGCAAAAAGAUUGCCAACGAGCAAGCGCACCUUCCUAAUCCCAUCUAAACUAGGGUGGUUAAUAGCGGGACCGGUAGAGGGAGCCUCGGCUCAUUUACAUACAGGGAACACGCGCAGCCACCUCUGUCUCUCUGAUCUGUCGGCUCAAAUGACCAAAUUUUGGGAAACAGAGGAGCUACCGUCUGAAACGGACUCCAUCAAAAAUGGGAGUGAGUUCGAGUCUCACCCUAUAAACCAACACUUUGUUGAAAACACUUACCGCCAAUCUGACGGCAGAUUCGUUGUGCGCUUGCCUUUAAAGGACUCGCCGGACUGCUUAGGCAACUCAUUUAACAUAGCUAAAAAGCGUUUAUUCAGUUUAGAGAAACGUUUUAGUAACCAACCUGAAUUAAAAUCAAUGUAUGUUGAUUUCAUAAAUGAAUAUAGAGACUUAGGGCAUCUGUCGGAGUCUGAGCGAUGUUACAAAGCUAAUCACCUCCCGCAUCACCCCGUGAUGAAGGAGAGUGAAUCUACACGCAUGCGCACAGUCUUUCACGCUAGCUGUCCCACCUCUUCUGGGUAUUCAAUAAAUGAUAUUCAGCUUGUAGGUCCUAACAUACAAAGCCCACUGUUUGACAUAUUGCUUAGAUUCCGGCAGUACAAGUAUGUGCUAUCUGGUGACAUAGAAAAACAGUACAGGCAAAUAAUGAUGAAUGAAAUAGAUAGAAACCUACAAGUUAUUCUAUGGCGCGAAGAUGAGCACUUACCCAUACGCUCACUAACUUUAAAUACCGUUACGUACGGCUUUGCUUCAUCGAGCUGGCUAGCAGCACGCUGUUUGUGGCAGUUAGGGGCUGAAAGCAAGGAUCCUUUAGUUAGGACUAUUAUACAAAAUGACUUUUACUGUGAUGACUUAUUAACAGGCGCAGACUCUGAAAUAGAGCUGCUUCGUAUACAAGCAGGUGUCUCACAGGCUUUAGCCUCUGGUUGUUUCAAUUUACGUAAAUACCGCUCGAAUUCUAACGCGCUAUUAAAGUCGGAUUAUAUUAAUAAAGAUGAUCACUUAGCAUUGAGUCAAGCUUGCCAAACGCUUGGACUAGGGUGGCAACCUAGCCAAGAUGUACUAAACUUUUCCAUUAAAAAUGAUCAUUCUGAUAAAAUAGUUACAAAAAGAAAAAUCUUAUCUGAAACGUUCCAAGUCUUUGAUCCAUUAGGACUCUUAAGUCUAUGCACAGUUAAAGCUAAAAUAUUAAUUCAAACCUUAUGGAAAGAAGGCAAAGCUUGGGACGAGCCAGUGUCUCCUGAAAUACAGCAUAUCUGGUCAAAAUUCAUUAAAAACUUACAUCACAUUAAAUCACUUAGCAUACCUAGAUAUGUAUUAUGUGAGGCAACCUGCACAAUAGAGUUACACUGUUUUUCUGACGCUGCGGAGACUGCAUAUGCAGCCUGCAUUUAUGUUAAAUCUAUUUCUGAAUCCGGUGAACAGAAAGUACAUUUGCUGUGUGCGAGGGACAGAAUUGCUCCAAUCCGUCGCACAUCUAUUCCUAGACUUGAAUUGGCCGGGUGCUUGUUAGCAGCCCAAACAUAUGCAGCCGUAGUACGAGCCUGGAGACGUCCUGUCUCUCGCACAAUAUUCUGGACUGACUCUAGCUGCUGCUUGGCUUGGCUAAAAACAGACAGAUCAAAGCUUAAAACUUUUGUGGCCAACAGGGUAGCAGCUAUAGACAGCCUUGCUCCCGGAGCCACCUGGAGACAUGUACCUACAAAACAAAAUCCAAGUGAUCUUGCAACUCGUGGUGUGGAUCCACAACAUGUCGCAGGGACAGCUCUGUGGUGGGAAGGCCCCGAGUUUCUAUUAAAACCUGAGAAUGAAUGGCCGCUCACGUCGCUGCCGGGCCCGCCGCUCGACGACCGCAACCCGCACCGCCUGGACCGCUAA